AUGAUGGAAACGUGGUCUUUGACCGAAGGUCUAUUGACCUUCUGGCACUCGUACCGUAUCCAUUUAUUCGUGGCCCUAUUCGCUAUCUUUAUCGUCGCUCGAGUCUAUCGCACCGUCCAACCUAAAUCGAAAACUGCCUCCGCCUCGUCAAUUCCGUCCUCGCCCCGCAGCCAGUCCCCCGGAAAAGCUGAGAAAGAGAAGCUCGGAGACACGAAACCGCAGACGACGGAGAAGAAGGACAUCCAGGCUCUUGCGAACAAUGAGACAUCUAAGAAACCUGCCUCUGGCCCUAAGAGGGUGUCUGGAAAGAAACCACUGAAGGUUGCGGGAAGACGUGGAGGAUCGGAUCAGGGAACGCCUUUGUCCUUCAUUCAGCCCAUCGUCUUCUAUGCCUCGUUGACUGCCACCACCGAGAGAUAUGCCCAGGUGUUGAUGGAGGAUCUGCGUGCUGCUGCGCAAAAACAGGCCGAUCCCGAGAAUCGCGAGCGCGGUAUCCUUCCGCCUAAGCUGGAGGACUUGUCUUACAUUGACUUCGACGACUACUUUACGACGGCCCCCAAGCCUCCCGCAAACUCCCCGGGAACUCGCUACCUGUACUGCUUGUUGAUUCCGACUUAUAACAUCGAUACUGUUCUCAACACCUUCCUGGGCCACCUGGAGGAGACUCACCACGAUUUCCGCAUCGACACCGGCUCGUUGUCGACCUUGGCCGGCUUCUCCGUCUUCGGAUUCGGUGACAAGGAAGGUUGGCCCACGGAAGAGGAAGGCUUCUGCUCUCAGGCUAAGGAGCUCGACCGAUGGAUGGCCAAACUCACCGGUCGGAAGCGGGCUUAUCCUCUCGGCUUGGGUGAUGUAAAGAGCGACGCCGAGUCUGCGCUGAAAGAGUGGUCGCAGGGAUUGCAGGACAUUUUGUCCGAUAUUCUGAAAAACGGCAGUCUGGGCGAAGGUGUUCCCGGCAGUGGCGACGCCCUGGAGAGUGACGAAGAGGACGUGGACGAUUUCUCGGACGAGGGCAAGCCGAAGAGCCGGAAGAAGGCCCAGACCGUGGUGGACCUGGAAGAUAUCAAAAUGUCUGCGGACUCUCAAGGAGGAUCGGGCUCACCCAUUCCUGUUGACUUCACCACUGGCGGCAAAGAUCCCGCGCCGAAUAGCCAAUCGACUGGAAAAGAAAUGGUUCCCAAGACGUCGCCCACUUACGCCGCGUUGACGAAGCAGGGCUAUACGAUUGUGGGCUCGCACUCCGGCGUGAAGAUUUGCCGUUGGACCAAGUCUGCCCUACGUGGCCGCGGUUCGUGCUACAAGUAUUCUUUCUAUGGUAUUCGAUCUCAUCUUUGUAUGGAGGCGACCCCGUCGCUCUCCUGCAGCAACAAGUGUAUUUUCUGCUGGCGACACGGCACCAAUCCCGUCGGAACCACCUGGCGCUGGAAGGUGGAUUCUCCCGAGCUCAUUUUCCAAGGUGUGAAAGAAGGCCACUACAAGAAGAUCAAGAUGAUGCGUGGUGUGCCUGGUGUCCGCGCUGAGAGAUUUGCGGAGGCCAUGCGUAUCCGUCACUGUGCCCUCAGUCUGGUCGGCGAGCCCAUCUUCUACCCGCACAUCAACGCGUUCCUGGAGAUGUUGCACGCGGAACACAUUUCCAGUUUCCUCGUGUGUAACGCCCAGCACCCGGAUCAGCUGGAGAACCUGAAGCGUGUCACGCAACUGUACGUGUCCAUCGAUGCAAGCAACCGAGAGAGUCUGCGUAAGAUCGAUCGCCCCUUGCACCGCGAUUUCUGGGAGCGAUUCCAGCGCUGCCUGGACAUCUUGCGCGAAAAGCGUCACGUGCAGCGCACCGUUUUCCGUCUCACGUUGGUCAAGGGCUUUAACGUCGACGACGAAGUCAUCGGAUACGCCAACCUCGUUGAGAAGGCGUUGCCGUGCUUUGUCGAGAUCAAGGGUGUAACGUACUGUGGCACCAGCACCAGCGCCGGUGCCGGUCUGACCAUGCAGAACGUUCCCUUCUACGAAGAGAUUGCCGCCUUCGUUGUUGCCCUCAACAAGGAACUGGAACGCCGUGGUCUCAAUUACGGCAUUGCUGCAGAGCACGCACACAGUUGCUGCGUGUUGAUUGCGUCGGAGCGAUUCCACGUUAAUGGUAAGUGGCACUCUCGCAUCGACUAUGAUCGCUUCUUCGAGUUGCUCGAGAAAGAGAAGGCCGAUGGUACCUCUUUCACCCCUGAGGAUUACAUGAGAGAGACCGAGGAAUGGGCCCAAUGGGGUAAUGGUGGUUUUGACCCGAACGACGAGCGAGUUUAUAAGAAGGGUAAAAACAAGGCUAUUCAGCCUGCUGAGCCUGCCGAGCCUGCCGAGCCUGCUAAGACCGAGCCUGCCGAGGCUCUAGAUUCCUAA